AUGACGCGCUUUGGCUACGGGCGCCUACUCGAGUUCUUGUUCUCGGCGGCCCUGCUAGGUGUGCUUACGCUGAUACUCCAUUAUGUCUUCUCGGAACCACACAAGCCAGAACCAAAACCCAGACCCGUGCUGGCGGCCUGCAACAAGGUAUCCCCACUGCUAGUCGGGCCCCGUGCCCCGAAGCUUUCCUCGCCGCCUAGCUUGGAGGAGAUCCAAAACAAGAGCGCCCCGUUGUCUCCGGGAGGCCUUUACAGUCCACCGAAUUGCCGAGCUCAGCACAGCACCGCCAUCGUGAUCCCGUUCCGGGAUCGGGCUUCCCACCUGCGCACUUUCCUGAACCACAUCCAUCCUUUCCUGCAGAGGCAGCAGAUUGAAUACAGGAUCUACGUGGCGGACCAGUGGGGGCAGGACACAUUCAACCGGGGCAAACUCCUCAACGUGGGCGUACAGGAAGCUCUCCGAGACGGUAACUGGACCUGCAUCAUCACCCACGACGUGGACCUGCUGCCCGAGGAUGACCGCAAUAUGUACUCCUGCGACUCAAACAAUCCCACGCACCUGUCAGUGGCCGUCGACAAGUUCAAUUACAAGCUGCCGUACCCAUCUAUUCUAGGCGGAGUGGUGGCAAUUGCGCCGGACCUCUUCAAGAAGAUGAACGGCUACUCCAACAAGUUUUGGGGCUGGGGGGGAGAGGAUGACGAUUUCUCGACCAGAGCGUCUCUGUGCGGAAUGAAGUUGGUGCGCCCCCCAACGGCCUUCGCUCGUUACAAAAUGAUCGUGCACAAAAGGGACAAAGGCAACGCACCCAACCCCAACAGGAUGAAUCUCCUAAAACAGACCAGGAAAAACUGGCAGAGCGACGGCCUCAACUCUCUGAAAUAUAAACUCCUCUCCAAGAAGCUGGAAGCGCUCUACACCAACCUGACGGUAGACAUCGGAGGAACAUAA